AUGCACAAGACAUUUAAAAUAACUCUUCUUUGUGACGCCUGUCAGAAGAAGGUAAUAGAAGUGGCUGUUACCGAAGAAGAUGCGGAUCGAGAGAUCGUCAUGACGGCGCUUUUAAAAAGAGCAGUAGCCGAUCGGGCCGUCAAAGUGCAAGAAGACGUCGACCUGCUCCUUCUUCUCAAUGGUUUAGACGCUGAAGAGACAAACGUUUACCUUCAGAAGAACACGAAGGGCGAAGCUGGUUGCUCGACGAAAGAUGUCACAGGCCACCAUGCAGCAAGGUGCUACCUCCAAGUGCAAAAGUGGCAGGGAGUCAACUUGAAUCCCACUGAUUGGGGAUGGAAGCAGUCUUCUCAGGGACUGACCCCCAUCCCCACCACCAUGGAUCAGGCACCUCCUGCCCACUGCUUAGUCCUUUGCCAGUCAUGCGGUGGCAAAUUGUACAUUAACGUCCCGGAUGUGGAGCUACAAUGCUGGGACGAUGAAGAUGACCCGACUACAGACUGA